AUGUCAUUGCGGUCUUUCAAGAUCAACGUUCCUGCUACAUCUGCUAAUAUUGGCCCAGGUUUCGAUGUCGUCGGUCUAUCCCUAUCUCUCCACCUUACUCUGACAGUCUCCUAUCCCCUUAUCCCCCCAUCUCAGCCUUAUGUCCAUCCCACCAUCUCCUAUUCUGGAGAAGGCUCAGACGAAGUUCCUCUCGAUCCGUACAAAAAUUUAACCACUCGUGUCGCCCUCUACGUUCUUCGAUGUCACAAUAUUCGUUCUUUUCCAUCCCACCUCGUCAUUCAUGUUGAUAACGAAAUUCCUUUUGGUCGUGGGCUCGGAUCCUCAGGAGCGGCCGUCAUUGCAGGAGUGUUACUCGGGGAUACCAUAGGCAAGCUGCGCCUACCUACAGCACGUCUUCUAGACUUUGCCCUCAUGGUUGAGCGACAUCCGGAUAACGUCACAGCCGCUCUGGUUGGCGGAUUUGUCGGUUCGUAUCUCAAGGAACUUGACGAACAGGCUAGCGAAGCAGCUAGUGUUCCCCUCAGUGAGGUUCUUCCAGAGUAUCCUCCCGAUGCUGACGAGGACUGGGGCUUGAAUCCGCCUGUUCCACCAUUUGGGAUUGGGCACUAUGUCCGUUUCCCGUGUUCAAAAAGUAUCAAGGCCAUCGCCAUCAUACCCAGAUUUGAACUAAGUACCGCAAAGGCACGCGAAGUCCUCCCUACUGAAUAUUCUCGUAAAGAUUUGGUGUUUAAUCUUCAGAGGCUCGCCGUCCUCACUACGGCGCUGGGCCAAUCACCGCCUGAUCCAGAGCUCAUUUAUGAAGCCAUGAAGGAUCGUGUACACCAGCCAUACAGGAAAUCUUUGAUACCUGGUUUACCAGAAGUCACAUCUUCCAUCACGCCUUCUUCACACCCAGGACUACUCGGAAUUUGCCUCUCGGGUGCUGGCCCAACUAUCCUUGCGUUAGCUAUCGAUGGAUUUGAGGCUAUUGCCGAGGAUGCUCGAAAGAUUUUCCAAUCUUUCGAUAUCUCAAUAGAUUGGAAGGUAUUAGAAGUUGCAGGCGGAAGUGUCGUGCAAGAAGAAAAUCAAAAUUAA